GUGCGCGCAUAUAGGUGCCUGUCGCGAAAUAUAGUAGCAGCCAUCUUAUAUUUUGUGUCGGAGAAAAACAAUUUGGCCGUACAAAUGUUUCGCGACUGUCCGUGAAGCCGCUCGACGACGGGAGGCGGUGCGCUCGAUGAGGCGCGACGUUUUUCGACCCUAGACCUGGACCACUACAUCAGCAAAGGUGGAUUGGUACGCAGGAUAUGAGCAGUUUGUCAAGCGCAACCUGACUCUGCUCCCCCAUCAGCAAACGGCACAGCAGCAGGAGGAACAAUCGCAGCAGCUGGCUCAACCGCAGCAGACGGAUAUAAUGACGUCCAUGUUCGAACAGCAGAUCAAGAGUGAACCCAUGGGGUUCUACUCGGUUGCUUCCAGUCGUUCGGACGGGUCCAAUUCCAUGGUGAAUCUGUCGGACGAUCGAGAGGAUCUCUCUCAGCAGGAGGGUCACAUGCAAUCUCAGCAGCAGCAGACGUUGCAGAUGGGUCAGCAGCAAAAUCAACAACAGGGUCAACAACAGCAGAAUCAACAGCAGACGCAGCAGAAUCAGCAACAGCAGCAGAGUCAGGGUAUGCAACAGGAGCCACCCAGCCGUCAGUCUACGGGCCAGCAAACUGUCAGGGAGGGCUCGCGAUCGAAACCUCAGCCCUGCAAGGUCUGCGGUAAGGUGCUGUCCUCUGCUUCGUCCUACUACGUGCAUAUGAAACUUCAUUCAGGGAACAAGCCCUACCGUUGUACAGCAUGCGAGGCGAGUUUUUGUCGCAAACCUUAUCUGGAAGUGCACAUGAGGACGCACACGGGCGAGCGACCCUUCCAAUGUGAGCUGUGUUUGAAAAGGUUUACUCAAAAGAGCAGUCUUAAUACUCACAAACGGGUGCACACGGGGGAACGGCCGUACGCAUGCGACAUUUGCCAGAAGCGCUUCGCCGUGAAGAGCUACGUGACAGCGCACCGUUGGAGCCACGUAGCCGAGAAGCCUCUGGUUUGCGACCGAUGUUCCCUCACGUUCACGUCCAAGAGUCAGUUUGCGGUUCACAUCCGUACACACACCGCCAGUACCACUUACGAGUGCAAUAUCUGUGGACGUACGUUCGUACGCGACAGUUAUCUGAUAAGGCAUCAAAAUCGGGUGCAUCGCGACAUGAGCCAGAGCAGCUCGAAUCACAAUCCGCCAACGCCGCAGAGCGCCGGCGGCGGGACGCCAAGCGCCGGUUUCGAGAGCCCGGUCUGCGAUCUACGCUACAGCGAGGGACCAUCGUCGUUGGACGGCCUCGCGGGGGCCAAAGGCACGGGCAUAGCCGCGGAAAUCGUCAGUCUAGCCAAGCAGAACAAUCUACAGCUUCCACUACCGCUGCUGCAUCCGCAGACCACCAACUAGUGUUUAGACGGCAGCAACGCCACCCAGUCUCUGCCGCAGCACCAAUCACCGCAGCAAGUAGUAUGUCCCACCUCGGCGCCUUCGCCGUUCACACUUAACUCACCUAUAUCUCACACCGAGCACACGAGUACACCGCAGAGUGUCUACCAAACAUCGGGUUCUUCCAAUCCCAUGGACAGCCCCGAUUCCCAACUCUAUCCGCACAUGUCGUCCCCUCUAGAUUCUACAUCGGAGUCGCAGCAUCACUCGCAGCAGCUGCAACGCGGCAUACCCCCGCCAGGGCUUCAUCCCGCGCUCUAUUUGUACGCUCAGUACUCCAAUACGAGUUCCACGAUUUCGUAUUCGGAAUACGUUCAGCGUAACAAUUAAAAACACAAAAAAACGCGAGUUUUCAUCUAGCAUCAUUCGCGUUCGAUGUUCGAGAAUACCAGUGAAACUGGUGCUAUUUAAUCACGUCGAUUGAUCAAAGUGCCUACCGAGCAUCCAAUUCCGGCUCGUAAACAACGGAUGUUCGCUUGUCACGUUUUAGGAACAUGGUUUUGCUUUUUCGUCAAAGAGAGGUAUUUAUAAGAGGAUUUAUUAGCUGAUCAAUUACGAAUGGAUUACUACUCGAUAAACGUUCGUUCAUACUUUUCUGCCACAAACGGAUUUUAUAGUCACGAGCAUUUUUUAACACGAGAUUGAAUAGCACCUGCUUGAAAAGCAGUUUUUAAUUAUCGGACGGUGAGAUCGUAUUGACGCGAGGCUACUUGCCAUUCUGAUCGAUCAAUCACUUAUACGCGAUGCUAGCUGAAACCGAAGCGUCUAACGUUUCUACGAGUCUCCGAGCAGUUUUAGCACUCUUGUUUCGUCUGAUUUUAAUCACAUCUAUGCGAGUAUACAUAUACAUAUAUAUAUAUGUGUGUAUAUAUAUUAUGCGACCAUUACAACACACGUAAUACAUAUUUAUAUUAUAUUUUUAAAGCAGUUUAGUCACUUGGAUCUGUGAUAUAGAUAGUAAUUAUUGUCUACAAUGUUUAAACUAUUGGUUUACUAUUUUCAUGAAUAUCAAAACGAAGAAAAGGAAAAGCAAUGUCGCGGAGCGAUGUAGCUAUCAAAAAUUUUACCAACAUUGGUCUACCGAAGGUGUGUUUGGUAGACACCCUACCAUAUUAAUUUUACAAUUACAGCAACAAUAACAGUAACACUAUAUAUUGCUAAUACUACCACUACCACUUCUCCUAUUCUAAUACUGUCACUAUCACACGUCUAUCACACCACCGACAUUUCCCCAAUUAUAUAUUAUCAUUACUAUUAUUACAAAGCUAUUACCGCUAUCAUUACUCUAUUACUGCUACUACGUAUUACUAUUACUAAAAACUGCUAUGAUCAUUGUCGCUAGGAAACACACACACACACACACAUACAUAUACAUGCACGCGCACGUGCGUUUAUUUCGACAACCACAUAAAACACAUGUAGUGAAUACGACUACGGCCCGCCACAUAGUCGUCAUGGUUUCUCUUUAGCUUGAUACGCUACGAGAAUUCCUUCUGUCGCUUUCUCUUUAGCUCAUAUAGAAUGCCCUUCGCAAUAUCGACGGAUAUCUUCAUCCAAACGAACGUAUGCGCGUUUGUGAUAAAAAGAUUCUUCUUCGUUAGAGGAUAGAGCACAGCUUUGAAUCAGUUCCAUAGUUGUACUUACUUUCCACAUAUCGAAGUGUACACAGAUAUAUAUUGUAUAUACAUAUACGAUAUAUACAUAUACAUAUAUAUAUGUAUAUAUAUGCGGACGUAUACGGUAUAUAUAUUGUAUAUACAUAUACGGAUGCGCGUACGGAUGUAUUAUACAUAAAGCGAAAGUAGGAGGGUGUGCAGGGUGUCGUAAAAAUAAAAAAAAGAUUUUGCCAUGUAAAAGUAGAUUGUCGAUUCUUCACGGAUAUUGUUUUAGCUGUUAGUUUAUUAUUACUUCCUGUUCAUUAAUGUCACAAAAGCUUCGGUGCAAGUGCGGGGGAACCAUGACAACCGCGCGUGCAGCUGGGAGUGCACAUCUUAUACACGGUUACCGUUCUCGAGUAAUCGAUCUAAGAUAGUCUCGACCACGUGUGAAUACAACUCAUCCAUUAUUUGCGCGUUAAAGGUCGAUUCAGAUAAAUCCGUACCGUAUCCGUGACGUAUCAGUUCCGUAUCCGUAUCAGUGCAAAGUAUUUACAUGUUUCAGUUCUGUAUCCGUUGAUUUUCAUUCAGCACGUCUUAGAACACGUCAAGAGAGAAAGAUGAAGUUUUCAAGUUUUACGCAAAAAAAGAAAGCAUAAGUGGAUCCAUGAAAUUUGUAAAAAAAGAAAAAUUGCUAAAUUAUACAGCCCCUCAUAAUCGCGAACAUAUUCUAUCAAUUUUUCAUCAUACAUUUCAAAUUAUAAGGAAAACAAAAUGGAACUACACAGGUCCAAAUGUGUAGCUAAACUGCUUCAAAUCUUUAAGCACUCGGAGGAUUUUCUCCUCUGUAUAGGUCAAUAUUUCGUUUGAAAUCGUUCAGUUGUGCCGUCCGUUCAGUGAAAAUAUCUGCGCAGAUCACUGCUACGCACUGCCACUGAUAUGGACGACCAGAUGCUGAUACGGAUACUGAAGUGUAAGAAUACUCUCUUAAAAUUAUGGAGACGUUAUUUUCACCAGUGCACGAAACAAAUACGUCACGAAUACGGCACGGAUGUGUCUGAAUCGACCUGCGAGGUCGCAUUACGUAGGACUACGAAGACACAAAUUGAACAAGAAAAUUAUAUAUACAUAUAUAUAUAUUCGCGCUAGCGUGCCUCGAACCCUCUUAUCGCGGUUCUUUUUUCCCUUCUGUCUCUUUCUCUAUCUCUUUCUCUCUUUCAACGAUCUAAUUUUCACCCUGUGAAAUGAUCAAAAUGAUCCUGCGCGCAUAUGCCUGAGGCUUUCAAAUUAAAAGAUGCGAAGUCACCUGGGCAAGACUGAUUUUUACUGUAAUGAACUGUAAGACACGGAAUGUCUAUUCCUUUUUUUUCUAUUUCGUCUCUUCUUUCUUUCUCUUUUUCUCUCUGUCUCUUUUUCUUUUCUUUCUGAUUUCAUUGCGGAGGCGCAUAGGAGCGUCUUUCAUCGGUGAAGAAGGAUUGCGUGAAACGCGUAUUCUUGAACGAUGAAAUGAAUCGAGCUGGACGAUUGAUUAACACUUAGUGCAUUGUUUGAUUAAUUAACGUUAAUUACCUCGUUAAUUAAUCAAACGGAUUGACCGGCAAUAAUUAAAAUUAAAUAAGCGAAUUUAUUAAGUUAAUUACAUGUAGGAAGUAUCGUGAAUGCGGGAUUUUUGGUUCACGAUCGGUUGAGGAACGAGGUGUAACGGGAGAAAGCAAUUGAUCUUUUUAUCGGCUAGUCAUUGGGCAGCUCCACGAGAGAUAUUAAUUGUACUACAAAGCUGUGAUUAAAGCCUCCGUGCAUAUGACCGCGCAGCUCCUAAUUAUAUAGUGAUAUAUACAUAUACACAUAUAUAUUUUGUAGCUUAUUAUAAAUAUGUAAGUAAAAUAGGUAGAAAACCUUAGGAAUACCUAAAAUUGCAGUUCCGGUCGAUCGGUUAAUUGUUCAUUUCGAUCUCUUUCUUUUUUUCUUUUUUUUUCUUCCUUGUUUUAAGUUUUAAAUAUACUUUCGCAGUGUUGGGCAAAAGCAUAUUUUUAGAUGUAGAUUCUGGGAAAGAUAAUUACAUGAGUAUUUAAAGAGAGUUUUAUACGAGGAACGCGCGCGGAGCGCGAGUUUAUAUUUUGUAAGUUUUUAUAUAUGAUCGUUAUACUGUUUGAAAUAGAUGUUUAUUUUGAGGUGCGCGCGCGCGCGGCUUAUUUUGUAUUGAUACAUUUUAAGCCAAUUAUUUGUCAGAGUGCAAUAAUCCAUAAAUUUGCCAAUCAAUUUUUCUUUGUUUACGCUGCACACAGUUUAGAAAUAUUCGAUGUAUUUAGUUUAUGCUACUUAAGAGUAACUGCGAAAAGACAAUUAUGUAUAAAGUACAUAAUCUUAAUUGCGAGCAGACUUUAGUUUAUUUACGUUCCUAAACGUUGAGACUGGAAUUGCACAAAACACGGUGAUUGCUUUCGAGAUCUUAUAGCGAGGGAAAUUUCAUUUCACAAUCCGCCGAAGAAUUCGUUUUCGCGACAAUCUCCGAUGCUAAGAAAAUUGCAUGCAUAGCAAUUACAUUUCUCGAUAAACGCAACCGGUAAAUUUCAGUUAGGAACGAACCAGUAGCCAGUGCAUGAGAGCUGAAAAUGUAGUGAGAUUUUAGCUGUGUUAUUCAAUACUUAGUAUACGAGCUAUUUCAGACAGUAUGUACCGCGUACGUAUAAGCUGUACAUUUUUAGGAUUGCCCAGCACUGAUCUAUCGAACUUCCGAAUCAGUAAUAGUAACGAUCUCACAUCGAUGCAACACACCGACCGCUUUUCCUGCGGACGUAUCGUUCGAGUUCUGGUAUAUUCGUGGCAUGUAUAUCAAAAAUGUGUAUUUUCGUAAGAAGAGGGGAAGAUAUAGGCCCUUUCUUCAAGAGAGCACUCGUCGGACCAAUACAUGUGUACAUAAAAAAGUGAUAAAAACGCGAAAAACAGAAAAAGAUGUUCCGUGGCGCUUUUAAAACGCAACGCGCGUCAGCAAGUGCUGUACUUGUUAUGCGCGACGAGCGAAUAUUUGUUAUACGUAGAUACGCAAAAGCGAGAUACACAUUUCUUUGUUUAUUUAUCUCAUGUUUCCUUCGUUCUUAGUGAGCUCUGUGUAUCUCUUUUUUUUCUUCAUCCUCUGACUACCGGAGAGAAUUUAAAUGAAUUUUAUUAUAUUUUUUCUCCUUUUAAGUACUAUAAUACUGUCUAAAUAAAUUCUUUUGUUAUGCAGAUGUUAAUGUCUUUAAUUAAUUAUAAAGACAUUUUAUUCUUUUUUAUAGAAUACGGUAUAAUUCGACAAGUUUCAGCACGAAAAUGCGAAUUCUUAUCGCUGAACGCUUAAUUUGGAUUCUGUAGCUGAGCGAUACCAAAACUUUAAACAUAUACAUUUUUAUCAAUUUUUCAAAAAUAUAUUAAGUUUAUUCUGCCUUUCUCUCAUUCGCAAUUAAAAUUUAAAAUUUACAUUGGUUCAAUUUUAUUUUACUAUCGAUAUGUUAUGUAUAGUGUCCUUAUGUCCGGUAGUUGGAAGAUCAAUUACCAUCAUAACAGAGACGUCACAUCGAUUCACUCCACUUCACGUUAUAAUACCAGGAAAUCGAUCCUACGUCAACCGCCGAUGUGAUUUGACAUAAGAUAGAUUUUACCGUAAUAUUUGUACGAAAUUCGACGAAAGGGUCGGUCACCCUGAUCAUCACAUUAAUGAGGACGCGAGAACGUGAUAAUGCGCCGCCAAUUGUACGCGAAAGGCAGAAAGAUGCCCGUUUUAUCACGCGUACAUAUAAUUUUGAAAUUUGAUUAAAGCACCUUGUACAUAAUAUAAUCAUCGAUGGAAUUAAAAGAUGCAUUGCGUUAGGAGACAAGCACAGGAGCCCCUACGUAAUAUAGUCAAGCUACCGCCUACGUAUCUCGUGCUACGAGCAUUGGUGAUUUCAUUGUGAAAAGAUCAAAGACAAAUGAUUUUUGCACAUUUAAAUUGUGCAGAUUCAGUUGGAUAGUAAUUGAAUGUUACGGCUUUAAAUUCACAUCGAUCAUGCAACAAUGAACGCUCCAGUUAAAGUUAUUUAUUGUGUUAUCAGCUUCUAAUACUCGAAACUACUUUGCUCCAUCAUCUGAGCAUCAAUUACAUUCGAUUGCUGCUCAACGCUUGCACAAUUGUUGUCUUCGCUGAGCGCGACCAAUGUUUAUAGCGAUAUUAUUAGGAAAUAUACGACUUUUUGAUACGCGCAUUGUAGAUAGUUUAUUUUUUUUUAAUUUCGACUGCAGAUGACUAUAAAAUUAUAUGCCUAUUAUACUUUACUAUGGAAUGUAAUUACAAUGAGAUACAGUGAUUACAUUCUGAGUUUAUUUUCGAUUGAUGAGAUAUUAGUAAAUGGUUGCGUGAAAAGUAUCGCUCAAAUAACAUGAUUCUAUGACAACAUUAUUUAUUUUGAAUAAUUGUAAUAAAAAUUUAUAGUAUUAUGUAAGAUAGAGUCCCAACUCAUUCUUUGAAUCUUUGUACAAAUUUUUAAUUUUUAAUACAUGUCCUUAAUGCUGACGUAUUCGUUUAUUAACAAUUAUUGAUUAUAUUUUGAUAAUAUGAAGAUAUUAUCGCGAUACAUUUGUUUUAUGAGUUUACAUAACAAAAUGUAUUACACAUAAUAUGUUCGAUAUUAAUCAAUUAAAGAUUGACAUUUCAGAGAAAGAGAGAGAGAGAGAGAGAGAGAGAGAGAUUUAUUGUUAUUUUAUAUUAAUGGCAUUGUUCCGAGAUUUUAUUUGAAAUUUUGAGAGCACAAAAAGUUGAUAUUUUUAUCUUAAAAAAUAGCAUGAAUGAUGAAAAUUUAUAUUUAUAUAAAUUUGAUUUAGUGUUAGCACUUUUAUUUCGUAUUGUAUUAAAUUUUGAAGUUCUACUUGUAUAGCUUCUCUUUAAGAUAGCGAUAUUUUUUGUGCAAUAUAAUUUUUUAUCUUGUCUUUAUUUUUUUUGCAGUGCGGAAGAAGUACGAUUGUUAUAAAUAAUACUAAAUAGGUGAAAAAGAUAGUUAUGUAGCUGUCUGUAAGUAAAUUUGGGGAUAUUAAUUAUUAUACAAUAUACAUUUUUAUUUUUUGAUUUGAUAGGUAAAUAUUUUUAUUUGCGAUUUCAUAUGCAUUACAGUAUUAAAUUUUCUCAUAUUUUCAUAACUGAAUUCGUAAAAAAACUCGUUUUCCAAAAAUUGAUAUUAUAUAUUUGAUGUUAUUAUAUUUCAUACUAUGUAACAAUAAAUUAUAUAAAAUAUCAUUUGUAUUUGUCGAAUCGUCUGUUAAUUUACAAAUUUGUAUAAAAUACGUCUUCUGCAAUGUUUUAAAGAAUUUCUCUAUGCAUAGCAUAGAUUCAUGGAAUUCUUCCGCACUCCUUUCCAAUUUUGUUAUCUAGGACAAUUUCAUUAAUCGUUUAUAAUAUAUUAUAGCCGUGCCAUUUGAUAUCUCUAUUCUGUUAUAAAGAGAUAGGUAAGCUUAUCAUUUAGUCAUUUUACUUUAAAAAUUUUUUGUUGUAUACAAUUUUAAGAGGAACGUAUUAAAAAGUUACUUUGAUGUUAAAUAUACAUGCAGACGAGUAGUUUAUUUUAGUUUAGUUAAAAGAUAAAUUUCGUGAUGUUAACAGAUAAAAAUUCAUGGAUAUAAGUCUUGAAAAUCGCGCGGAUGUCAAAGGUUGUCCGAUGCAAGUACCGAUGCAGCUUAUUUCGUUUUGCUCGCUUCUUGCUGUGUACUGAAAAUUAGUUGAGAUACUUCUAUACACUCUUCUAGAUAAACUCACGCUCCCCUCUCAAUGACGCUUUUCUAUUGCGCUUGAAAUUGAGCGAUAGCAGAUAGAUUGGCGAAUUUAAUUAUUAAUAGCUAACAUAGCUGGCAUACAAUCGUAGCAAUUGCCAUUUUACAAAAAUUAAACGAGAUUAAACAAGAAAAAUCACUCACUGUUAAACAAAUGUCAGUUUAUUCGAAGGUGUAAUGUAAUGUGCUUUUCUUUCUUUUUUCAGUCAAGAUAAUGUACGAAAAUCGAUUUGUAUGCAGGCUCUCGACUUACGUGUUGAUAUUACAUUAUAAUAUUAAAAUCUGCGAGUAAAGUCUUAAAAUUAUUUUAAAAAACCGAAAACCUUUAAAUAUUUGACUGUUUUUAAGAAUGUUGCAAGUAUUUUUUUAAUGGUAUACAUGUGUAUCUUAAUAAUUUGACGAAAUAAGUUGAUUUUUACGUAUAGAAUAUUAUGUUAUAUUUUUGUUACUAUUCUUUUUUUUUACGAAUUUGCAUAUAAUUAAUACGCAUGUUUUUCGUCACAUUUUUCAUAAGUCGAACUUUGUCGACUUUUUUAUUCAUCUUGCUGUUGUUAAUUAUGAGAUUUCGAUUUUGUUUUUGGUACUCCAAAUCCUUUUCAACGCAGAUAUCAUCAAUUCUUUGAUUGAUUAUUGAACGUGAAAUAAUCUUGGAUGAAAUAUCCUAUAUUUGUCAAUGUUCGUUUCUCUGUUAUGCUGAUCAAUCUUUUAUCCUAAUACUUAAAUACUCUUAUGCAAUUUAGCAGAUAGUUGCACGUAUCUUCCUGAUGCAUUCUUUGACGAGUUCGAACUAUCGAAUCUUGUGAAACCAUGGUGGUGGCACCCUCAUUAAACCUCCUCUAUAUAGGGAUAUAUAAAGCCACGUCCAAGAAAAUAUUACCACUUUCCGAUAUGUAUUAUUCGUUGGGAAAAGAGAAACAGAUCUUCAUUGCGAUCUGCACAUAGAAAUAUUUUAAACUUCCUGCAUUAAAAAAAAAUAUCAAGGAAAAGAUCAUUUGAAUGGCAUACUUGAUUGAUGUUUCAGUUCAACGAGAGGAAACAAAUUAGAUUCGAGAGCACUUCUCGUUUCAAUGAACAAUACUGUAAGUAAAGUGGCAACGUUUUAUCGGAGGGCACUAAGUUCCAUUCCUAACGCUCGAAGCCAGUUCCUGGUCCGACUACUUUUACCAAGUGCUCUAUCGUGCCGCGUGAUCGACUCCGUACUUGCGAUAGUCCCGGUAAGCGCAGCCCUCCUGGCUCGUACGUUUUAUACCCUUACGUCGCUUGGCACGAACAGCACGUGAUGCAAUUAAACCUGACUUUCGGUAGGGAGUCGAUCGAGGAAGGAGGUCUCGUAGGAGGGGCAGUAGAUGAAAAGAAAUUCAAGCUUUUUCGAAUUUCGCGAUCGGUCUCGAACGCGACGAUCCGAUGAACGAUCCAGGGAAGACACUUAAAACGAAAGAACGGGGAACUUUUGAUGAGAGCCGGAGGCGGAGUUAAAUUGACAAUGCUCGCGUCGCUCGACAUUGCGCCUGUACCAUUUUGCUUCUUUAGCAGAGUACAAUGCCAUUUAUUUUUGUAAUACGUUUACGUAGGAUAGCUCUUAUUUUUAUAGAGGUUUACCGUGCUACCGUAAGUCUUAUAGAGGCCUGCGUAAUAAAGUAGUAUAGAAAUUUUUGUAGGUGCCGCGGAGUUCACACACAAAAUGAUGGAAAUAUACAUAUACAUACAAACAUAUAUAUAUAUGCUGUGUGUACAUGUAUAAUAUAUACAUAUAUAUUCACGUUAAAGAAAAAGGGACACGCACUUCUAGUACUGCUUUAGUUUCGAAUAAACACGAGUACGCACGAAUACACGAUAAAAAAAAAACAUUAUCAGGACAAUGAUACUCAAAGCAAUCUGUUUGUGGGCGAGUGGAUGGGAGAAAAAGGAUAGAAGGGUAGAUUUGGCAGGAAUCUUUUGCGCGUGAGGAAAGAGUAUUAGAAAGAGCUGACCACACUUUAAAUUACAGCAAUAAAAUAUUCCUCCGCCUUGGCGGUCGCGACCGUUUCGACAAUAUAUGUAUAAACACUGCGUUUUUAUUCCCGAAGAUAACAGUUAUUGCCGAAGCGAUGCGUGUCGCUGCUUAUACAUCAAGGAGGUCGCCGUUCCGACUUGGGCGAUUUGCUUGAUCCAUGCGUCGAGCUAGAUUUAAUACAAUGUAAAAGAGAUGUACAAAGAUGUACCGUGUGCGUCAAGCGAAUUACUGGAGGGGAUGUAAUAGUAAAUACGAAGGCGUUCCGACAUUAAACAACUAUGUUGAGAGAUAAAUGUCGUCGUGCAGCGUUCAUGAAACGUGUAGAAAAAUAAUCGAUCCGAAAAAUGAUCGACGAGG